GGGCAGAGGGGGAGUUCUGCAGGGUCAAAAAUAUACAGGAGCUGCAAAUCAGAAACUCAGCAGACCUGCGCAACUUUUCCAACAACCACACUUUUUUUGUUUUUUUGUAUUACUUUCGAUUGAACCCUGGUCGUUGCAAAGAUGACCACAGCCGUGGUGUCGCCUUUUUUCGACUUCGAAAUAAUGAACAAGAACAACAAACUGCUCAGCUUCAACAACAACCUGGGAUCCCACCAUCCCAUGUCUGUCCCUUGCACUGGCACUAAUGUGUCCAUCUGCAGCCCCACCGGAGCCCUGCUGGACAGGAAGGCGGUGGGAUCUCCCCCGAUGGGGGGCGUGUACCAGCGGCGGCACUCUGUCAGCAGCACAAAGUUCAACCAGAACCAGUUUCUGAACAGCCUGAAGACAGCGGACCACUCCUCACUCAUCUCAGGGCUUGGCAAUGCCAGCAACAACAAGGAGAACCGCAUGCGCGACCGCUCCUUCUCCGAGACGGGCGAGCGCCUCCUCAAACAGUGCCUGGGCCCUGCGAGUCCCACCGGAGGCAGCCAGGUGAACUCCAGCCGCUACAAGACGGAGCUUUGCAGGCCCUUCGAGGAGAACGGUUCCUGCAAGUAUGGUGACAAAUGCCAGUUUGCUCAUGGGAUCCAUGAACUGCGCAGCCUGAGCCGCCACCCUAAAUACAAAACGGAGCUGUGCCGCACCUUCCACACCAUCGGGUUCUGCCCGUACGGCCCUCGCUGCCAUUUUAUUCACAAUGCUGAGGAGCGCCGAGGACCCCCCCAGCAGUGCUCCCCUCUUAACUCCUCCAACAAAAUGGAGAGGCCUCGACUGCAGCACAGCUACAGCUUCGCAGGCUUCUCCAGCUCAGGGGGGCUGAGAGACAGCCCCACCUCCGUCACCCCUCCACCCAUGUUCUUCCCUGAUGAGGUCCCUGACUGGCCCAGCAGUAACCCCUUCACCUACUCCAGCCAGGAGCUGGCCAACUUGUUCGGGCCCAGCCUCAGCGUGGGUCCUGUGGGCACAGAGCCCAACACCCCUGCACCUCCCUCUCCAACAAGCACACCAUACUAUUUCAGGCCCAUGUUGGAGUCCCCUCAGAUGUUCGAGUCUACAAAAGGCCCUCCCUCCGACUCCCUGUCAGACCAAGAGGGCUACCAGAGCAGCUCUGGAGGCAGCCUGAGCGGCUCAGAGUCCCCCACGCUGGAUACCACCCGCCGCCUGCCCAUCUUCAGCCGCCUCUCCAUCUCUGAUGAUUAAACUGCACCCAGUGACUUUAAGUUCGAUGACACAAAGAGAACACGGCACUCCCCUCUACCUCUGCCCUUUUCUUAGCUUCCCUCACACAACAGUUUGUUAGCAUUGAAAUGAUGCAGCCAAUUAAGGGAACUCUCUCUGAACUCAAACUAUCAUUUCAUCCCUGUCAAUCUGCACAGCAAGUUUUAAAAAGUACCCUUCCAUGUGUCAUAGUGCCAAAAAAAAGGAAAUUGAACAAUGAAAAUCAUGAGAACAACAAUUGACUGUUUUGCCAGGUGCCACUUGUUUUUUUCUUCUUUCUUCUUCAUUUGUUCUUGAAUGUGUAGCAGCACAAGUGGCCUUGGAAAGGGGAGUGCAUUGCACUAGCCCCCACCACCCUCUACCUUCUCCCCCCUCCUCCCCCGACGAUACCACUUCCCCUGAGCUAGCUAGAGGGUGUUCACUAACGUAACUUAAGAUCUACCACAGCCGUUUUUACAGACCGAGUUGAGACAAAAUGGAAAAAAAAUAAAGACCCUGAAAGAUAUGAAUAGUUUUUAAACAGAAUGAAAAGUGCCUGGACGGUUUCUGCAUGUGUUUAUGGUGAAUGGACUACUGUUUGUUUUUGGUUCUUUCUCAUUUGCCCCCCAUCACAGUUCUUCACAAGUCUUAUGUAAUUGUGGACUUGGUGAGUCUGCAGGAAGGACUUUGAACUGGAAGUUGGUUAUGAUUCCCCCCCCCUCCUGUUGCUGGUCACUGGCUCUUCUUUUUUUUUUUGGGAAGGAAGUCUUGUUAUCAAACUGAUCAUUAAACCUGUAAGACUUUGUCCCGCCUCUCAACCCUGCCCCCCCCCCCCCGCCUUCAUCCUCGCUGAUCUGGGGAAUUCCAGCCUUCCCAUGGUGCAGUUGUACAUCCUGCGACUGGAUGAGAUCGGUUCUCCAAGCUAUUUUACUUUACUUCUCCCCCACGUUAGUACCUGCUCUGAGGAGCACUCUGUACUCAUUACAUCCCCUUUUUUUUUUUGCUUUCUUUACUUGAUAAUUAUUUUUUAUUAAUGUUGUUAUUAUUACGUUUAUUAUUGUUUUGAAAAGCGUUCCAGAUGGAAAGUUUGCGUGUCACUGCUUAUUUAACUUAUCAGAACAUAUUUAUUGCUGAUCAUAUGCAUUUUUUGUUAAUUUUGUUUUGUAUUUAUCUGGAUAAUGAACAAUAGAAUAUAUUUUCUUUUAUGUUAAAUUAUGAUCUUCCAUAUUAAUCUAAAGAUUGUGAAGACGUUUUUGUCAGUUUUCCUUUUUUUCACAGUUUAAUAUAUUGUACUUCAAUGACUUUUGUUCUGCAACUACACUUUGUCAAAAAUGAAACUUAAUUUAAAGCAACAAAAAAAAAUGCAACAAAAGCUGUUUUGCGUUUUGAUUAUUUAUUGUACUUUUUUUCUUACUCCUUCUUAUUGGACUGGCUUGUAUUCAUUCCUGAUCUUUCCCCCUUCAAACCUGACAAUAAUCCGACAGUACAGUAGCUAACUGUUAUCACAUUGAUUCACUUUGUCUGUUUUUGUCUCAGAUCUGGUUCCAGAUCAGAGUAUUUACUCGCAGUACUUGGGUUUAUGGUAGAAGUAAUGGGUUGCUCACAUCAGAGGAGAUUUAAGAGACUGGUAAUUCUGAAUGUCUUCUGUCAGUAAUGUUCUUAAACCCAGUCUGUUAUUACAAGCAAUAGCUGUGACCAAAUGGGUUGAGGAAAGUUUAAUUUGAUUGGAUGCUUGAUGCACUUGUUUGGCCCCCUCUGACCAUUGGAAGUGCCUCUUUGAAUACAUUCCAGGUAGCUAAGGCCUCUCUGCCUUUUUUAUAUUUGAUAAAUGGAGGACAAUUAAGUUUUAGUUUUUAAGUCAAUUGCUCUGUGUUGCCUUCACUUGUUCGGAAGAGGUACACAGAUUUUGACUCAAAGAAAGUAAAACAGUUGAAUGUAUUUUUUCAGCCAUGUUUUUUUCACUACAGCAAUUCUGUGAGUUUAUAUGAAAACCUGUUUUCCCCCGUCUUUUGUAAGUAUUGAUUGCAGUUAAGUCAAUAAACCCCGUAUUUUUGAAAAGUUAAA